AUGGGUCUUUCAAGGAGAGAAGCCUCUCGCAUCAGGAGAAACAUUAAAGAAGCCCAACGGAAGGCCUACCAUGCGUCGAGACCUGCGAUUUCACAACAAAAUGGUCAUAUGCGCGUUGAUCUCGAUAAACCAACGUCGCAGGGUGCAAGUGAUUGGAUGGUAUUUCUUGAUGACAACAAUACUGACCAAGCGGCUACCGAUCCUAUUAUUACGCCGGGCGCCACUGCCGGUAAGCGCCUUGGUGUGUUAUCUAUACGAAAUAGACAGCAUGCGGCCCCGCAAGUGAAGAAAGAGCCCGGGCUGCCCAUAUCACAAAUCAAAAGAGCGGGUAAGGUGGCAAUGGCCACUAAGAUGUCCCAAGCGUACAGGGAGGUUGAGAUGCCGAAGAUAAAAUUGGGGGUAAAAGUGAAACUUGAGCCCGAGAACGACUAA